AUGGCUAAUCAUUUUAAGAAAAUGAAACUUAUGGAAGAAAAAAUGAACAGAUUUGAACAAGAUGUUGAUCUUCCAUUUUUUAUAAGUAGAUACCUUAUAAUACUGUUUAGGACAAAAACUAAGUCUUCGAUAGGUAAAAAUGAACCAAACAGCAAAGCACACAUAGCAAUUGCAGCCGCUGGAUGUGCAUCGUCAUCUUCCAAAAUAUACGGGACAAAACAAAAACAAUUCUACCGUAAAGCCGCUGGAAAGGUUUGGUACGAUCCAACUUUGGAGCAAUGGCCACAUGAUGAUUUUCGUUUAUUUGUGGGAAAUUUGGGAAGAGAAGUUAAUGAUCGCAUGUUGAGUAUGCCAUUUAUGCAGUAUCCUUCAUUCGUCAAAGCUCAUGUAGUAAAAAAUCGAGAGACAAGCAUGUCACGUGGUUGCUACGGAUUCGUAUCGUUUGGAAAUUCUGUGGACUAUUUACGAGCUAUCAAAGAAUUACAUGGUAAUAUAAAAGAUUAAUGUAAAAUAAAGUAGGUAGGUAUAUAAUAAUAUAG